GGCCGUCCCCGUCAAAGAGGGUUACGUAGUAGAGAUUGUAGAGAGGGUGAGAAGAGAGAGAGAGAGAGAGAGAGAGAGAAGAGGGCUUCAGAGUAUGGAUGAAGGACCGAAUUCUUCAACAGGAUCAUCGGAAAACAGUAUAGUUGAGGAGGAACCAACCUCUUCAACAGCAGCCUCUACUAAUUCGGAAGAAUCCGAUGAUGAUCUCGAUAUCAGCAGUUAUCCAUUAAGGCAGAGGGCAAAUCCGCAAAUGCGAAGGGAAAAAGUUCACAUUGGUUGUGGAGCUGGGUUUGGGGGUGAUAGGCCAUUGGCAGCUCUCAAAUUACUUCAGAGAGUUGACUUGAACUAUAUUGUCCUUGAAUGCCUGGCGGAACGCACCCUUGCAGAUCUGUACCAUGCAGAGGAGGCUGGUGGCGAGGGUUAUGAUCCCCGUAUUGCAGAGUGGAUGCGUUUGCUCUUGCCUUUGGCUGUAGAGAAAGGAACUUGCAUAAUUACCAACAUGGGUGCAAUGAACUCGCUUGGUGCUCAGGAAAAAGUUUUACAAAUAGCAAGCAGCCUAGGUAUUAGCAUUACUGUUGGUGUGGCCCAUCAAUUCGCUAUCACAAAAACAGCUCUGGAUCCUUGCAUAAGAGACGGUGUCAAGGAUGGUCAGAUUAGCACUUAUCUGGGAGCUUCUCCCAUUGUCACAUGUUUGGAGAAGUACAAGCCAAAUGUUGUUAUUACAUCUCGGGUGGCUGAUGCUUCCUUAUUCUUAGCUCCAAUGGUCUACGAGCUAGGUUGGGACUGGGAUGAGUUUGACUUGCUAGCCCAAGGGUCUUUGGCUGGCCACCUGCUAGAAUGUGGUUGUCAACUUACAGGAGGAUAUUUUAUGCAUCCAGGAGAUAAAUACCGAGACAUAUCUUUCCCAUGUCUCCUUGAUUUGUCCCUUCCUUAUGCUGAAGUGAGUUUUGAUGGGAAAGUAUGUGUAGCAAAGGCAGAUGGCAGUGGUGGGGCUUUAAAUUUUAGCACUUGUGCUGAACAACUCCUUUAUGAGGUUGGGGAUCCAGGCGCUUACAUUACCCCAGAUGUGAUAGUAGAUUUUCAAGACGUUACAUUUCAACUGUUAUCAAGCAGUAAAAUUCUUUGUUCUGGAGCAAAGCCAUCUGCUUCACUAGUACCUGAUAAACUGUUGCUGUUGGUUCCAAAGGACCGUGGAUGGAGAGGCUGGGGAGAGAUAUCUUAUGGGGGAUAUCAAUGUGUAAAACGUGCUGAAGCUGCUGAAUUUCUGGUAAGAUCAUGGAUGGAAGAAGUGUACCCUGGUACUAACGACCGGAUAAUUUCUUAUAUAAUUGGACUGGAUAGCCUUAAAGCAACCGGCAUUAACAACAGCACCACGUUGCGGAUGUCUUGUGAAGAUAUUAGGCUACGGAUGGAUGGGCUAUUUGAGCUUAAGGAACAUGCAGUCCAAUUCACAAAAGAGUUUACAGCUUUGUACACAAAUGGACCAGCUGGCGGUGGUGGUAUCAGCACUGGACACAAGAAAGAGAUUAUUCUUGAAAAAGGAUUUGUCGCGCGUGAACAUGUUCACGUGCUCAUUUCUUCGAAGCAAAGCAAAAUAAGCAACUCAAAUAAUCAGGAUGAUGUAUCAACAGCCCAUUCUCGGCCCGAGCCAGUCUCAUCAGCAAUAAAAGAGGAAGCCAAAUACAAUAAUUGCAGAGAGUUUCUAUUAACAGGAAUCAACUGCUCUCCUGCUCAGGCUGGCCAAAAGAUUCCUCUUUACAACAUAGCUCAUAGCAGAGCCGGAGACAAAGGAAACGACUUGAACUUCUCGAUUAUCCCACAUUUUCCACCAGAUAUCGAGAGGUUGAAGAAGAUAAUCACACGCAAAUGGGUAAAAGAAGUUGUUUCGACUAUUUUAAAUCCAUCCUCAUUUCCUGACUCAGAUGCUAUCACUAAGAGAGACCAAUGGGUCAACGAAAACGUUAAAGUGGAAAUAUAUGAAGCCAGAGGAAUUCAUUCUUUGAAUGUUGUGGUCCGGAACAUUCUAGAUGGUGGCGUAAACUGCUCUCGGAGAAUUGACAGGCAUGGGAAGACGAUAUCUGAUGUCAUUUUGUCCCAGCAGGUGGCGUUGCCUCCUUGAGCAGGUGUAUUGUUUCUGCACAUUGAAUGCAGUUGACAAUUGUACACAAUUUAAUGAAGACACUUUCAUUAUGAGUAGUUUCUGAGAACUUUUAUGCGGUUUAAAUUAAGGUGGUGUUUGAUAAUUGUUUUUUGGGGAACUUACUGAUAAGUCUCAUGUAACAAGUUCAAGAUCCAGCUAAUCUCAAAACAAAACACUUGUACCAA